AUGAAGGCUUUCAUUUUCCUCCCCCUCAUGUUCGUGACCAUGUUCUCAGUGUCUUCAACCCAGAUUUUGAAAACAAAUGUUUUUAAGCCACAGGAGGGUCCAGAACCUGCAUUUAUUCUUGAAAGAAAAAAUGAAGCUAACCAUCGAGGAGAACAACAGGAAUCUAAUCAGCAAGGAGGUAGCAACACACAAGGAAAGCAAGCAACAUUUAGCCUGCAAGGACAAACAGGGUAUUCUAACCAGCCAGGGAAACCAGGGAAUUUUAAUAAGCAAGAAAGGCCAGGAAUUCUCAAUCAGCCUGGGAGUCUGCAAGGGAAUUCAGGAGGCUCUAAUCCAAAAGAGAAUGCUGAAGCUUCUAAUGAACAAGGAAAACCAGGAUCUUCUAGCCAGCAAGGGCAUCCAGGGUCAUCCAACCAGCAAGGGCGUCCAGGGUCAUCCGGCCAGCAAGGGUAUCCAGGGUCAUCUGGCCAGCAAGGGAAGCCAGGAUCAUCCAGCCAGCAGGGGGGUACAGGGUCAUCUAGCCAGCAAGGGGGUUCAAUGUCAUCUGACCCACAAAGAAGACCAGGAUGGUCUAGCCAACAAGGGAAACCAAGGUCUUUUUACAAUCAAGAAGAAAGAAAAAAUGUAGGCAACCCUUUGAAUGCCAGUAUAAUGGAGAUUGAGACUGGAAAAACCAGCAGCAAGAACCCAGCUGGAAAUACAAAAUGUCCAUCUGUCUACAAGCCAGUCUGUGGUUCUGAUGGAAAAACCUAUGGGAACCGCUGUGUAUUCAAUGAAGCCAAAAGGCUAGGUUCCAAAGUUGGCUACACUGACACCCACCUGGGAGUUUUUCCAACAUACCACUCCCCAGGCUUCGUGUACAAACAACUGAUGCACAAUCUUGGUAGUGAGAGCGGACACGGACCAGAGGUCUCCUGCUCAUAG